AUGUCAAAUCACCCUAUACAACAUUUCAAGAGACGACGUUAUUAUUUUGGAAUAUUGACUCUUUUAGUGGUUGUUUUCAUUUGGGUAGCCACAUCCUUUGUCACCAAUAGCAUCUUUGGAGAUCAAGAUUUCGAACGACCAUUUUUUAUUACGUAUUAUAGUACUUCCACCUUUUCAGUCUAUCUUAUUCCAGUUGCCAUCUCUUACUUACGACAUUCUUAUCAUACUCAAACAACGACAAUUGGUGAAAACGGUUUUGGAGAUGACUCUACUGUUUCAAUAUUGUCCAACAAGAUGACUCUUAAGGAAACGAUCCAGCUCAGUUCUUAUUUUUGUGUUCUUUGGUUCCUUGCGAAUUACUGUACCAAUGCAAGUCUGGCUUAUACGACGGUGGGUAGUUCUACUCUUUUGUCAUCCAUGUCAGGAUUAUUCACAUUGACCUUCGGAGUUCUUCUUAAGGUAGAGAAGUUCAACUGGAUCAAGAUAUUCUCGGUUGGCAUCAGUUUCAUUGGCGUUAUACUUGUAUCUUGGUCAGAUCAGUUAGCAACAACAUCAGCAACAUCAAGUCAGAAUAACGGUAUGAAUCAUCACAACAAACUUGUAGGUGAUUUCUUUGCAUUGGCAGGGGCGAUGUUCUAUGGUGGUUAUACGGUUCUAUUGAAAUUAAGGAUUGGUGACGAAUCAAGAAUCGAUAUGCCGACGUUCUUUGGAUUUGUUGGGUUGUUUAAUGUGGUGAUGCUUUGGCCUUUCUUUUUCAUUCUGCAUUGGACAGGUGUGGAAACCUUCUCUUUUCCCUACAGUUCAACUUUGUGGACCAUGAUUAGUUUGAAUGCUUUCAUUGGGACCUUUUUAUCUGAUUACCUUUGGUUACUAGCUAUGCUGAUGACUUCCCCCCUUGUGGUGACAUUGGGAAUCACUUUAACGGUCCCGUUGGCAUUAGUAGGUGAUGUUGUAUUGAAACAUAUUUUACCUGGUGUACAGUAUUCCAUCGGUGCAUGUUUGGUGGUAGCAGGCUUCUUUGCCGUGAACUUUGGUUCUUUACAAGACCAAGAAAAUAUCAAGACAGAUCAAGAACAAGAAACCCAUGAAAUGAUACCCUGUGAAGAAAUUUGA